AUGCCCCACGCAGACGCACUCGCCCUGCCCUCGAGCGCAACCACCUCCAAGCGCGCCUUCUACACGCACCUCGCCUCGACCGCGCGGACCCUCCUCGCACCCUCGUCGCCCGACGACCCCGCCGCGAACUGGAUCACCGCGUUCUCAAACGCCGCAAGCUUGUUGUUUGGCUCGUACGAGAACUAUGCCGACAGGUUCGGGAGGGACGACGGGAGGCGGGUCAACUGGGCGGGUUUCUACGUGAUCCCCUCGCUCCUCUCGCGACACGCACCCGCCUCCGAACCAGCCCAGCUCUUCCUCGGCCCCUUCCACGGCCGCCCAGCCUGCCUGUCCGUCUCGCUCAAAGGCUCCUCUUCCCGCCCCGUAGGAGUCUGCGCAGCAGCGUUCAACUCGGGCGAGACGGUCGUAGUGGAGGACGUCAAUGCCCGGCCGGGACACAUCGCCUGCGACGGGGUCACGCAGAGCGAAGUCGUCGUCCCCGUCAUCGUCAAGCGGCGGAGAGAGGACGGGACGGAGGAAGAGGUGCGUGUGGGAGUGCUGGACAUCGAUUGCGAGGCGCUGGGAGCGUUCGACGAGGAGGACAGGCGAGGAUUGGAAGAGUUUGUCGAGGUCGUCAAGGAGGUCAUUCGGUGGGAGCUGUAG